UGUUCCGUGUGUUAACUGCGUACGUUGACGUCGUGAUACAGUUGUCCUAAUGCGUUUCCCUGCGUACUAGUGCUAUGUCAACUAAUGUACGAUCGACGGGUAACCACUGUGUCAUCUUCGGAUGCACGAACAACUACCGGAAACGAAAAAUGCUGGAGAAUGAAGUCUGUGAAGUGCACGGCCAGCAGCGCGGGCAUUGCGGUUGCAAACUGUUUCACCUGCACAGAUUUCCGCAUGACGAUGAGGAGCGUCGGCAGUGGAUAGCAUGCGUAAACAGAAAGGAUUUUACGCCCUCACAGUCAUCUCGCGUGUGCUCUGAACACUUUGUCGAUGGAAGAAGAACAGAGAGGAACCCGACGCCGAUGAUCAACCUUGGCUAUGAAAGAAAGGUGAAGGUCGGUCGACGGCGCAUUCUAAGGCAACCCUACCUGCCGAGAAAAAAACGAAAAGUUCGUCCCGACGAAACGCAACCAAGAACAGUUCCCGGCAUGGGCUUGGUGCAGGGUGCAGCAGAUAGCAGGGAUGAGGUGCCUAUCACUACUUCGUUUCCCGGCAUAGACUUGGUGCAGGUCGCAGCAGAUAGCAGGGAUGAGGUGCCUAUCACUACUUCGUUUCCCGGCAUGGACUUGGUACAGGUUGCAGCAGAUAGCAGGGAUGAGGUGCCUAUCACUACUUCGUUUCCCGGCAUGGACUUGGUACAGUGUGACUCUAGUGCAGAAAGGAGUCCCCCAGAAGUGCAGCACUGGAACACCGGUGAACCUGGCACAGCACAAAUAUUUCAUGUAGUUCCAUCUGUGCCAACAACUUCUGUUGAAACACAGACAGACAAUGACUCUGUUCGUCCCGACGAAACGCAACCAAGAACAGUUCCCGGCAUGGACUUUGUGGAAGGUGCAGCAGAUAGCAGAGAUCAGGUGCCUAUUGCUACUUCGUUUCCCGGCAUGGACUUGGUGCAGGUUGCAGCAGAUAGCAGGGAUGAGUGUGGCUCUAGUGCAGAAAGGAGUCCCCCUGAAGUGCAGCACUGCAACACCGGUGGACCUGGCACAUCACAAAUAUUUCAUGUAUUUCCAUCUGUGCCAACAACUUCUGUUGAAACACAGACAGACAAUGACUCUGAUCGCAACCGUGACGUAGCCACACAGUGGGAGGAUCUAGCCUCAGCGGACCAUACAUACAGCUUGCCACUGAACUUGGGAACUCUCCAUUCAUCCGUGAGGUCUCGGAUGUCGACUUCUGACAUUCUGUUUUACACAGGACUGUCAGAGGAAGUGUUUCAGAAGAUCCUUCUAUGCCUCGAACAAUCAUUUCGGCCCCUCUCACAAUUGCCAUUGGAGGACCAGUUACUGCUUGCAUUGAUGCGCCUCAGACUGGGGACUUUGUACCGAGAUCUUGCUUGGCGGUUUUCUAUAUCUCCAUCGUCUGUUUGCAAGAUAUUUAACAGUGUCCUGAAGUCACUGAAUGAAAUUAUGAAAUACUCCGUGGUUUGGCUGCCGAAGUCAAGGAUACAAAGCAGCAUGCCAGAUUCAUUCAUUCAGAGCGGUUACGAGAACACCAGGUGCAUUCUAGACUGCACAGAAGUUUUCCUCCAGAGACCGAAGAAACAAAUGGCCAGGGCACAAACGUACAGUUCCUAUAAGGCACAUAACACACUUAAGUUUUUGAUUGUUAUUGCGCCAAACGGCUUUAUAAUGUAUGUGUCCAAAGCAUAUGGGGGUCGGGCCUCUGAUAAGUUCAUUGUGAAGGAUUGUGGAAUUCUAGAGUACUUCGCACGAAAUGAUGAAAUCAUGGCUGAUAGGGGCUUUACACUGGACCCUUACCUGGCAGCCCAAGGGGUGAAGCUAAAUGUCCCAGCCUUCACUAGAGGUAGGUGGAUGCUGAAUGUGCGAAGUGUGCUUGUGAUAUUGCUGUUAAUUCAUGCAACAGCUUCGCUUAUCUCAAACUUUCCAUUCCAUUAGAUGUUCUGACAUUUAAUAUUUGAAUUUUUAAUUUCUUGUGAUUAUUCAAGCCAUAAUACCUGGUUAAUGACGUUUCGCUGUACAUGGUCUCAGUGCUCAGCUGAGGCUUGCUAACCAAUACCAAAAGUGUUAGUUAACCUACAGAGUACUUGGCAAAAAAAAAGUAACUGAGCCGAGUACCAAAUAGCAAUACAAUUUUUUCCCCGGCUAUUACCGUUGUAGUAGUGAAAUCUGGGAUGUGCUUUUUUUUCCUGAAAAAUAGUGUGAGGCGGACUUGGCAAACUUCGGAGUUCAAUUUUGAAAAUACAAUUUCUCACAAAUUAAAUUUCAUAGAAGUGCUCAGAAGUCAUGGCAAAAUCUCCCCCGAGAUAAAUAGCAUUACCCCAUAGUCUUCAGACAAGUAGAAUUUGUACUACUUUUUUUCUUGUCCACAUCGGGUGAAAUACUGUGUUUGUACCCCCUCAAGGCAAGGCACAGCUGUCUGAAGAGGAGGUCACCAAAACCCGACGGAUUGCAUCCGUUAGAAUCCAUGUUGAGAGGGCC